AUGCCUUUGCCUAAUAGCAUUCAAGGCACAUAUACGGUUCGAAGAAAUUUAGAAGUCCUAGAUAAUUUCAAGUCCGGAAAAGUUAAAGCCAAUUCUAUCUAUGGAGAGAGCCUACGGAAUAAAGAUGGUAUAGUCACUAUACUCGAUUUGGAUAGUCAAAUGCCUAGUCUCUCCAUUCAGAAAAAUAAAGGUAAAUAUACCAUCUCUCUUGCCGAGACAACUUAUGUUUUUCCAUUAAUUGAUGAUGAACAUGAUGUCAGGCUUGUAACAGACGAUACUCUGCUUAUAACAGAAGACGGCUUAUCUGUUAAACCAGAGACACUCCUGCAACCUCUCUAUAGGGCUCCCGACUCACGAACAGUAAGCCUAAACAUUGAUGAUGAUGAACUAAAAGUUGAGGAUGGAAAAUUAACAGUCAUACCUUAUAACUAUGAUUUCCCACUCUACAGGGAGGCCGAAUCACAUACGGUUGGUUUACAAGCAGAUGAUAGUUUGCUUAUAACUGAAAACGGUCUAUCGGUUAAUUUUCCUGAUCCUGAGACGCUGAAAAAGCCGUUGUAUCGUGACCAGAGCGGCCUUGGAAUCAAACUUCAUAAAAGUCUAAAGGUGAACAAUAAUGACGAAUUGGAAACUAACAUUCAGUCGGUACUAAAAGCAUUUGGCGCUCUGAAAUCGAGUUCAGGUGCUGAUACGCUGUUAGACAUCGGGUCUUCAUGGCUCGACUUUGGAUUCGAUAGUUUGACCGAAAUGACUGAUGUGUUAGGAGAAGUAGACACCACAGCCAUUCGCCUAAUGGUAGAUAGUACCUCAUUCAGCCAAGCGGGUUCGAGAUUGUCCCUGAAAUCACCCGGAUAUGAACAAAUCAUGUAUGGUAACCUUACUUAUGGCUACUCGGGAAGUUCUUCAUUCACCUAUUCGUCCACGCUUCAGGAGUUGCGUGUACCCAAUGUAAAGUUAAGCGGAACAUUGCCUGCGAUUGGAGGUGGCUCGUAUGCUGUAAGUAAAGACUAUCUUUCGCAAUUUUAUCAAGGCUCUCAAACUGGAGCGAUCGCCGUGAGUCCGGAGGCUGCUGGACGUCGAGAGAUAGGCUGUUUGGACUUUAAUGGCGUAUCUAUUCGACCUGGAACGACCAAUGAUGUGGUAUUAUCUCUUAAAUGUGAGGCUGGCAGUUGUCUCCAAAUGGUCAAAGCAGAUACCAUUAAAGACGUACUGACUUGCAGCAAUGGUAUCGAGAGAGUACAGAAUGACCUUCAACUCGAUCUAAAAGUUGAUGCUAACAGCGGUUUGGCUAUGGUCAACAGGGGUACCAUACGGGAUAUCUUUACAGCCUCCCAAGGGGUAAGCAGGGUGGGCAACGAGUUCAGGUUAUCUCUUACUGCACAGUCACCCGAUCUGACUCUAAACAAUGGUGUUCUGAGUUCAAACAUCGCUGCGGGAAUUGGACUGCAAAAAAAUGGUGCGAUUUUGUCAACGAACCUAAGAGGUAUCAAUGGAGUGCAAGUUAGCGGCAAUUUGAUUUCAUGUUCACUUACAGGAAGUGAUACCGUCCUUCGAGUAGGGGAUACUCUGAAAGGUAAUUAUGUGGGCAGUACCAACUCAUAUGGAAGUGUGGUCGUUGUUGGUAAUACCAUUCAGUACAACAUGAUUCCUCCACAAUUUGUGUCUAAUUCACCAAAUCUCAUCAUUACAGGUUCGUACCCACUCUACAACUUUACACUCAUUGACCCUAUGCCAUUAUCGAAACAAAGGGAUACCGAUAAUACUGAACAGAGUGAUACCGCAGAAGUGUUGAAAACUGAUGUUCCUGGUGGGAAUGUGGUCGUAUUGUCCGGGGCUACACCACUGACUACCAUUCCAUUUCCUGUGAUGGUAUCUCCACCACUGACAAUUCCGAUGGCUGUCAAUAGUAUUCUGCCCAUCGUCUCAACCUUUCCUUGGGGGAUGAUUUUCGGAGGGUCACGCAAACGUAAGGUUCAACGAGAUGCGGAAGGCCAACCUAUACUCGAUGGAGAUGGAAACCCUGUUUACAAACCAAUCGACCCUGUUACAUUCAUGCCUCCAUUGGAGCCAGGAAGCAAUGUAGCAAUUGCAAGUGACCCUGUAGGUGGCUGCACUCGUCUCUUGUUUGAUACGCCUUCAUGCUAUCGCACCAUCAAAUACGAAUACCCGCAGCAAGCAAUCAAUCUCUCAAUGUUAAGAGAUUAUGAUACCAAGUUGAUCAAGCCUUGGCAAGCAAUCAAUCUCUCAAUGUUAAGAGAUUAUGACACCGAAGUUAUCAAACCUUGGGUGACAACAGGAUUAGCAUCGAAGCAAAACUUAUCUCCUUUGCUUGACAAUAUCAGUAGUCUGACCCCAGCCGAUGGCACUUUUUUGAUGGGUGGAAAUGGUGGUUUUUUCCAGAUUGUACCUAAAGAUGAAAUCCUCAGCGCAUAUCAGCCGUUGAUUACACCAGCGAGUGUCCUUAACCUUAGCGGUUUAACGGUACAGAAUUCAAAUACCAAUGCUAUGGCAAUCACACUAGGAAACACUAGCGCUGCACAGACAUGGAAUAUCCAUGUGGCUGGUUCAUCGAAUGGAAACCUAAUUUCUGGAGCAUUAGGCUUUUACUCGUCAUACCAAGAUAAAGGAUACGUAUUCCGAAUUGACCCAUCAGGUAAUACGGUCGUGAGUGGAGGCCUUGGAGUUUCGACCGAUGCCUACGUUGGCGGAAUGCUCUAUAUUGCUGGCAUUGAAGCCGCAACUCAGAAAUUCGUAAUUGACAAUAUUGCACCGAUUACUCAGUCAUUAUCUUCAUUGACAACGACAGUUACUAACAACAAUAAUGCCGUUACUACUGCACUCGCAUCGAAGCAGCCUAUGAACGCUACAACUAAUAGCCUGUACACGAUGACGGUGCAGCCUGACUCUUGGUUGUAUUCUUCUGCUGGGACUACGAUCGAAAAUGUGACUUCCAAUCAAGUUAAAGGUAUCCUCGAUAUUGCAACAAAUGCUGGUGUGAACACACUGCUUUCUGGGAAACAGAACAACAUCACUACAUCAACUAAUCUGAGUCUUGCUUCUGUUACUGCAAAUGGUUAUUUGAGUGUUCAAAAUGCUGCCAAUCCCACCUUUAUGUCACUGGUAAAUACAGCAUCAAAUGUGACAUGGGGACUUCGAGUCGCUGGUUCUUCAGCCGAUGGCUCUAACCCAGCAGGUAUUACACAGAUAACAAAUACCUCACAGUCAACCAGUUCGACUACAGGAGCACUUCUAGUAAGUGGUGGUUUAGGUGUUGCAAAGGACGUAUAUGCAGGAGGAAAUGUAAUUAGUAGCACCUCUGUGGAUGCUCCAAACUGGGUGCAAUCUAGAAACAUUUCGUCUGGCACUAAUGCCUACGCGGCCAUUGGUUGUGCCAAUGAUAGCGGCAAUGGUGCGUUACUUUUCCUCAACUCUUCUACAAGGACUGCUGAUGGCUCGUCGAAUAACGCUACUCUCCGCAACGACUGCGGGGACAUGAACAUCCAAGGAAAAUCAGGUCUCGGAUUGGGUCUACGGAUUGUAUCCAUUUCAAAUGAAGUGAAAGUCUUGACCACUACAGACUCCUCAUCUGCAACAACAGGGGCUUUACAGUCUAUAUUUGCCGGUGUAACGGAUUUUUUGUUGGUAGACUACAGUAAAGACAACUUGGGUCUCCUAGCAGGUUGUGUGGGUGUCCGUACUAGGAAUCGUAGUCUCCAAAUCCUUUCUUUGGGCGUCGGUAGCGACUUGAGGGCGAGAGGCAAGGAGAGUCGGUUAGUUGUGAACCGAGCAGGAUUUAGAGGCUUCGGUACGGGUGAUCAGGCCGUUGAAGCGCUCUGUUAG